AUGGAGCAAGAAUACAAUGGAAGGAUUGAAAUCAUCUUUGGACCAAUGUUUAGUGGAAAAACGACCGAGUUAAUUCGAAGGAUUCGAAGGCACGCUCUUGCCAACAAAAGAUGCAUGGUAGUCAAAUAUGAAUAUGAUCAGAACUAUCCGGCCGCUUGCAUAUCAACGCACGAUAUGCAAAAAUGGGAUGCGGUUUCUUACGGCCGGACGCUCGGCGAUUUAGAAUCAAUAGUGGCUCAAUAUGACGUGAUUGGCAUCGAUGAGGGCCAGUUUAUUUCGUAUCAAAAUGUCUAUCACUCCCCUUUUCGCAGUUUUCCCAAUAUCGCCCCCUUUUGCGAAUCUCUCGCCAAUCGAGGCAAGACGGUCAUCGUCGCUGCUCUAGACGGCACGUUCCAGCGAAAGUGCUUCAAUUCGAUCCUCUCACUGGUCCCUAUAUCAGAAACCGUCGUCAAACUUUCUGCCGUGUGCAUGUAUUGCUUCAAGGACGCAGCCUUCACGAUGCGCAUGACUAGCGAGGUUGAUAUCGAAGUUAUAGGCAGAGAUGAGAAAUAUGUCUCCGCUUGCAGAGCCUGCUUUUUCAAAAACAGACAAAAUCCAACCAAAGAAAUACCACGAGGCAAAUAA